CAGAACACCAAGAUGAAAUUUGUAUUGGUACUUGCCAUUUUCAUUGUUUGUGCUGCAGCAGUGACAGUUCUUAAAGUUAAAAAUACACGUCAAUGCAAAGCUAAAGGUGGAAUGUGUAAACAAACGUGUGCUGUAGAUGAAGAAGACACAGGUUCAUGUUGCCACAAUAGUAAUAGAUGUUGCCAGCCGCCUACAUGUAUUGACACGCUUCAGUAUGCCCAGUGUAAAGCUAAAAACGGAGAUAUUAAACCUGUGUGUGAUGUUAAUGAACAAGAUACAGGCAUAGGCCCUUUUUGCAAUACAAACAGAUGUUGUGAGCCGCCGCCUACAUGCAUUGGUAUGUAA